UAGUAGAUCUGACUGACACUCAGAAAACUCAUCUCAGCAAGCGAACCAGAUAUUCAGGCUCUGAUUCAAUGAAUUACCUGAGUGCAAUGAGGUUCUUGGGACUACUUCUCAGCAUUUCUAUGUUAAUCUCUGGGGUCAGCUCUAAAAGGCACCACCACCGCUCCCAUCCGUUUUGCUUCACUAAUGAUGAGCUGGAAGUAUCCUUCAAAGAAAUUGUACACCAAGCUGCUGGAAGGAACAUGUACUGGGAUCAUUAUCAAGCAGUGCACCUUGUGAAGACAUUGGAGGAAACUGAGGGCAGAAGGAGGAGGAAGCGCAGAGGAGAGCCAGAGAAUGGUUGCCCAAACCUGAAAACUUCAACCCCAAUUGGACAUGGUGGAAGUGACCCUCUUUCUCACAGAUCUAUUUCACCCUGGUCAUACAGGAUUGAUUAUGAUGAAAACCGUUAUCCACAGAAGUUGGCGUUUGCUCAGUGCUUGUGCAAAGGAUGUAUAAAUGUCGAUACCGGCAAAGAUGAUUCUUCAUUAAACUCGGUGUCAGUGGAACAGACCAUGUUGGUCCUACGCAAGAAGAAAUGUCCAUCCAGUUCUACUAGUUACAUGUUUGAGCUAGAAUACAUAAAGGUCCCUGUGGCAUGCACCUGUGUCAUUCCUAGAAAUUAAGGAGGGCCGAGUAGGAAUUUGAAAACUCCCAUGGAGUCCUGUUUCCUACACUUAUAAACAUCCCCUGUGUUGUGACUGUGUCACCAUAAGUUUGUUUGUUAUAGAACAUUUAAGGUUGUGUUUCUGAUCAUUUUGAGAUAUGAGGCUUAGGAAGGAUUCUGAUAGUAAGCAGAGGGUACAGAAUGUUUUAUUUUAUAUGAAGGAAGACUAGGGUCAUUUCAAAUUCUCAUGAAGGAUCUAACUUUACUUCAUAAAACUUUUUUGGACAAUGUCUAAAACAUGUCAGGCUGCUCUGUUGAUUUCACAUGUAAAUAUAAUUAGAUGUUAAGGGAUGGAUAAUACCAGCUCUGAACACUGUGGACAACCUGUGGCCUUCUCCAGCUGUAUCUGGAAUUUCCUCUCCUGAAGGAUGAGGCCGUGAUGUGCAUCAUCUAAGCAAAAGGCAGCCAAUUGCAUUUAAGAACAAAGCCUCAUUUCAAAUCCGCAAACAUAUCAUAGUGCUAUGAUAUAGCACUAUACUAGUAUAAUAAUAUUUAUUCGUAUAACUUCUUAGAAAUGUUUGAAUGGCCAGGGCAAAGCCCUUUUUUCUAUAAUAUGUUGUAAAAUGAUGAAUGUGUUUUUUUUUUAAAUGUUGCUUAAAUUGAUAUUUAUUUAUAUAAUAUUUAAAUAAUGUAUGUAUAUAUGCAAAGACCGUUAUUUAUUUUGUGAUAAUUUUGACUUUACAAUAAUUGGCUUUGGGAAGUAGAGGGUGGGG